AUGCUGGAACGAAGGGCGUUGCUAUGGCAACGGGAGGCAGGGCCUGUGGGGGGAGACCGGGCCCGAGCUGGGACCGGGGGGGCCGGCGGUGGAUGUGGCGGGGCGAUGGCGGAGCGCGGCCCGGCCUUCUGCGGCCUCUACGACACGUCCUCGCUGCUUCAAUAUUGCAACGAUGACAAUUUGUCGGGCACGAGCGGGAUGGAAGUGGACGACCGCGUGUCGGCGCUGGAGCAGCGGCUUCAGCUGCAGGAAGAUGAGCUGGCGGUCUUAAAGGCGGCGCUGGCUGACGCGCUGCGUCGCCUGCGGGCAUGCGAAGAGCAAGGCGCAGCGCUGCGCGCGCGGGGCACCCCCAAGGGCCGGGCUCCUCCUCGCCUAGGCACCACUGCCUCCGUGUGUCAGCUCCUGAAAGGUCUUCCCACCAGGACGCCCCUCAAUGGCUCGGGACCCCCGCGGCGCGUGGGCGGCUAUGCCACAUCCCCAUCCUCCCCCAAAAAGGAGGCGACCUCUGGGCGCAGUGCCCGGCGCUACUUGUCACCAGAGCGCCUCGCCUCGGUGCGCCGCGAGGACCCCCGCAGCCGCACCACAUCCUCUAGCAGCAACUGCAGCGCCAAAAAGGAAGGCAAAACCAAAGAAGUUAUCUUCAGCAUGGAGGAGGGCUCGGUGAAAAUGUUCCUGAGGGGUCGCCCUGUACCCAUGCUGAUCCCGGAGGAGCUGGUCCCCACCUACAGCCUGGACACGCGCUCUGAGCUGCCUUCGCGCCGAUUCAAGUUGGACUGGGUCUAUGGCUACCGUGGCCGAGACUGCAGAGCUAACCUUUACCUGCUGCCCACGGGGGAGAUAGUGUACUUCGUGGCUUCCGUGGCCGUUCUGUACAGUGUGGAGGAGCAGAGGCAGCGGCACUACCUGGGACACAACGAUGACAUCAAGUGCCUGGCUGUCCACCCUGAUAUGGUCACCAUCGCCACUGGACAGGUGGCGGGCACCACUAAGGAGGGGAAGCCGCUGCCGCCCCACGUGCGCAUCUGGGACUCGGUGUCCCUCUCCACCUUACACGUGCUGGGCCUGGGGGUGUUUGACAGAGCUGUGUGCUGUGUGGGCUUUUCUAAAUCUAAUGGAGGCAACCUCCUAUGUGCAGUAGAUGAAUCCAACGAUCACGUGCUUUCUGUGUGGGACUGGGCCAAGGAGACCAAGGUGGUGGAUGUCAAGUGCUCCAACGAGGCCGUGCUGGUGGCUACCUUCCACCCCACAGAUCCCACCGUGCUCAUCACCUGUGGGAAAUCCCACAUUUACUUUUGGAACCUGGAGGGGGGCAGCCUGAGCAAGCGGCAGGGCCUCUUUGAGAAAUACGAGAAACCGAAGUACGUGCUGUGUGUGACCUUUUUGGAGGGUGGCGAUGUGGUCACCGGGGACUCUGGGGGGAACCUCUAUGUCUGGGGCAAAGGUGGGAACCGAAUCACGCAGGCAGUGCUGGGUGCCCAUGAUGGCGGCGUGUUUGGGCUCUGCGCCCUGCGGGACGGGACGCUGGUGUCCGGAGGGGGCCGUGAUCGACGGGUGGUCCUCUGGGGUUCCGACUAUAGCAAGCUGCAGGAGGUGGAGGUCCCUGAGGACUUCGGCCCCGUGCGCACCGUGGCCGAGGGCCGGGGAGACACGCUGUACGUGGGGACCACCCGCAACUCCAUCCUGCAGGGCUCUGUCCACACCGGCUUCUCGCUGCUGGUCCAGGGCCACAUGGAAGAGCUGUGGGGCCUGGCCACACAUCCCAGCCGGGCACAGUUUGUGACGUGCGGGCAGGAUAAGCUGGUGCAUCUGUGGAGUGUGGAGUCCCACCAGCCCCUGUGGAGUAGGACCAUCGAGGAUCCUGCCCGCUCUGCCGGCUUCCACCCCAGUGGCUCUGUCCUGGCCGUCGGCACAGUGACUGGCAGAUGGCUCCUGCUGGACACGGAGACCCAUGACCUGGUGGCCAUCCAUACUGAUGGGAAUGAACAGAUCUCAGUGGUCAGCUUCUCUCCCGACGGGGCGUACCUGGCCGUGGGCUCCCACGACAACUUGGUGUACGUGUACACGGUGGACCAAGGCGGCCGCAAGGUCAGCCGCUUGGGCAAGUGCUCGGGCCAUUCCAGUUUUAUCACCCACCUGGAUUGGGCCCAGGACAGCAGCUGCUUUGUCACCAACUCUGGGGACUACGAGAUUCUGUACUGGGAUUCAUCUACCUGUAAGCAGAUCACUACUGCCGAAACUGUGAGGAAUGUGGAAUGGGCCACGGCUACUUGUGUCUUAGGGUUUGGGGUGUUUGGGAUCUGGUCCGAGGGAGCGGAUGGUACUGACAUCAAUGCUGUGGCCCGCUCCCAUGAUGGGAAGUUGCUGGCUUCAGCUGACGACUUUGGCAAAGUCCACCUGUUCAGCUACCCCUGCUGUCAGCCUCGAGCCCUCAGCCACAAAUACGGCGGACACAGCAGCCAUGUGACAAACGUGGCCUUCUUGUGGGAUGACAGCAUGGCCCUGACCACGGGGGGCAAGGACACCAGCGUGCUGCAGUGGCGGGUGGUCUGAACUGAGGAGGGUGGGGUUCCCAGGAACAUGGGGCCCAGGUAGAGUCAGGUCGUGAGGCUGCAAUUUUAUUUUCGGGAGAUGUCUAUUGCCGAGUAGAGUAAU